CUCACUAGAUGGUGUGCAAGCCACUGGAGAGUCGACUUCCUCCCGCGGUCAGGUUCCGAUCAAAACAAAUCUGGAAAACUACACGGAACGCCAUUUCUCGGGGUCUUCGCGGAGGAUUAAUAUAUUUUCAUCCAGAUAUUUAUAUUUUUAUUUUUGAUAACGGCGCGGAUCGUACUCCACUCGGCGGUGAUGGACAUAAUGAUUGCAGUGCAGGAUGCGUGCGUCUCCGGUCAGUGGCUCACCGCUAUAAUUCUUAGUCUUUGCUGCUUUUUACCGUCGUGUUUGCCCGCUGGACAAACUGUGGACUAUACUACGUCCAGCGAGAGUGUGGUCAGCAGACAGGGAGACACCGCGCUGCUCAGAUGCUACCUGUUGGAUGGGAUCUCAAAAGGAGCAUGGUUGAACCGUUCCAGUAUCAUUUACGCAGGGAAUGACAAGUGGUCAGGGGAUCCUCGCGUGUCCAUUGUAUCAAACGUGGGGGAUAAACAUGAAUACAGCUUACAGAUACAGAAAGUGGAUGUAACGGACGAGGGCGUCUACACCUGCUCAAUACAGAGCGAACGUAAUCUACAUCCAAAGCUCAUUCAGUUAAUUGUAAAAGUUCCCCCCAAAAUCUAUGACAUUUCAUCGGACAUUACGGUAAACGAAGGCAGCAACGUUUCACUCAUCUGCGCAGCCAGUGGGAAACCAGAGCCCAAAAUCUCUUGGAGACACAUCAGCCCUUCAGCCAGGAAGUAUGAAAGCGGGGAGUAUUUAAAUAUCACAGGCAUCACUCGGGAUCAAGCAGGAGACUAUGAGUGCGGAGCUGAAAACGACAUUGCUUCACCUGAUACCAAAACUGUGAGAGUCACAGUCAACUUUCCUCCAGCAAUCCAUGAGAUGAAAAGUCACGGGGUCCGACCCGGUCAGGUUGCCCUGCUGAGAUGUGAGGCAGCAGCUGUCCCUUCUCCAGUUUUCGAGUGGUACAAGGGAGAAAAAAGGAUCAACAUGGGCCAAGGAAUCGUCAUCAAUAACCUCAGCUCCAGAUCGGUUCUCACAGUGAAGAAUAUGACACAGGACCGCUAUGGCAACUACACCUGUGUGGCUGUCAACAGGUUGGGAACAGCCAACGCCAGUGUGCCUCUGAAUCCACCCAACACCGCUCCGUAUGGAAGUACAGGAGGCGCUGAAGUCCUGCUGGCCUGCCGGUACCUGAUCCUGGCUCUCUCUUCUCUCGUCAGCGUUUACUAGCCCUGGGGACGGCCAUACACAAUGACUGUAAAGAACCCUUUUGAGCAUUUACAGAUCCUUUGACAUUGCUGAUGGCUGGAUCCAAUCUGGUACAGUGUGUUUGGAAAGCGGCGAGGGAUUUUAAUCAGCAUUGCUUAUGUUGGGAUGGUAAUUUUCUUCUGUGGUGUUUGUCAUCAUGUAAAUACAUGCGGUUUUAGGGGGUUUGUUUUCCGUUCUUCUCUUAUUUCCUUUUUAUUUUUGUGAAUCAGCACACAUUGUCCCCCUUUCGAACGCUCUCAAAUUAACUGAAAUCACACUUUGGGAAAGGGAGGGCUGUGACAUUAGUGUCUUUGU